UUCCUGUUCUCAUACUAUAAUACAUGUUCUUAUAUAGUCAUUUUAUAGUAACUAAUCCUCAGAUAUAAUCUCUACUUGGAAAACCUGCUCAAAAAACUCGGAGAAUCUGCUCUCUUGGGCCUCGACCAAGGUUAGGGUCAAAUUACCAUAUUGUUCUCUUGCUCAUCUUUUCGCCCAAAAGCAAAACAAAUAGAAAUCCCCUGAAAUUCUGUUGAAUCGACAGAUAUCGUUGGUUUGAAAAGUAUGGCUCGGAAAGUGAUCCUCGCCAGUAUCGUGAGAACGGUGACCGCCCGUGCCUACAGCACCGGCCGCAAGCGGGUGGUUCCCGACAAAACCCGCUUCAUCGCCACAUCAGGCACCUACCCGCAAGGCUUCACCGUGAGCGGCACCUACGUCGGCGUGAAGAAAGAUCCCAAGCAACUCGAUCUCGCGCUGCUGUACUCUGCCAAGCCGUGCUCUGCCGCCGCGGUGUUCACGACGAAUGUGUUCAAGGCCGCGCCGGUGCAGGUGUCGAAGAUCAUCCUUGACUCGUGCGAAGGGUCUGGGAUCACGGGAAUCAUCGUCAACAGCGGCUGCGCGAACGCGGUCACGGGACAAGGCGGGAUCGAGGACGCGUGGGCGAUGAGUUCGGCGGUUGACGAGGCGGUGCUGAAGAGCGCGCCGGCGGCGGGCGAGAGUAAGACGUUGGUGAUGUCGACCGGCGUGAUCGGCCAGCGUCUGCCGCUCAAGAAGAUCCUCGACGGCGUGCCUGCCGGUGUGGAGGUUGCAGGCAGCGACCACGACUCGUGGAUGGCGGCCGCCAAAGCAAUCUGCACGACCGACACGUUCCCGAAACUGAUGUCGACCGAGUUCACCGUCGGGGAUAAUAAGUACCGGAUCGCAGGCCUGGCGAAAGGCGCUGGCAUGAUCCAUCCCAACAUGGCGACCAUGCUCGGCUUCUUCGUCACCGACGCGCCCGUCGCGCCGACCGCCCUGCGCACGAUCCUCAAGUACGCGGUCGAGCGCAGUUUCAACUCGAUCUCGGUCGACGGCGAUAUGUCUACGAACGACACGAUCGCCGCGCUCGCGAAUGGUGCGGCGGGGGGCGAGACUAUCGAUGUUGGGUCUGCGGGGUACGAGGUUUUGAAGAAGGAGAUUACUGAGUUUUCGGAGAAUCUCGCGCAGUUGAUUGUUCGCGAUGGCGAGGGCGCUACCAAGUUUGUCACCAUCAAUGUCGAGGACGCGGAAUCCUUCCAAGACGCAAAGAAAGUCGCCUCAACAAUCGCCACCUCCUCGCUCGUGAAAACCGCGCUUUACGGCGAAGACGCAAACUGGGGCCGCAUCACCUGCGCCAUCGGCUACUCGGACGUGAACGUCAACCCCGACAAAACAAGCGUCUCCUUCGUUCCCGCCGACGGCUCCGCGCCGCUCAAGUUGCUCGUCAAUGGCGAGCCCGAGAACGUAGACGAGGCUCGCGCGUCUGAGAUUUUGGCGAACGAGGAGCUGACUAUUACCGUCACGCUCGGCACUGGAGGGGGUAAAUCGGCUCGGUUCUGGACUUGCGAUCUGUCGCAUGAGUAUGUGACUAUCAACGGCGAUUACCGAUCAUAGUCCUCAUCAAGUCCUAUGUAAUUUACCAGAACGAUGUAAUGCAAUAGAUAAAAGACGUGCUUUGUAUUUACUCAACGUCUCUAAAACUAUGGUUAUAUAUAUUAUAUUGUGUUUUUUCGUAUAGAUAGAUGUACAGGAUGUUCA